AUGCGACGCCAACGCAAAAUCACCAACUGGCUUUCCUACCUCGACCCCAAGAACCCGCUUCCUGUUUCCGUCUCGUCCGAUGAUGUAGUCUGGCUCAUGGACAAUGUAGCUUUCCAAGGACCCGGAGGAGUAUGGCAGGCCGAAUUUGUUGCUGCCGUCUUCGACCAUAAGCCAUCGCCAAAAGCUGUAGAUAUCGUAGGCGAUAUUGCCAGUAAGCUGGGGUUUUCCAAAGGUGACAAAGAGGAAAAAACAAUCGAAUGGCGCGUGGCCCCAUUUAUGAUGGAAGUCCUGCCAGGGAGAUGUGUCAGAGUCAACUUUGAGAACCUCGUUCAGCUGGAUCUGGGUCCUGGUGGUAGAAAUGGCAUCAGCAGCGAUAUAAAGCAGCUCCCGCACAACUUCAGUCAUCUAGUUGCUCGAUCCGUCGCUGACGUCCCACGAGGCGUCACUGGCAUGCUAGAGAUGAAGACUUUGUUUGCGGAGCCAGAAGGGUGGGCUAUCAUCUCAGACAUCGAUGAUACAAUCAAGAUUACACAAACAGAUGAUCCAGCUGGCAUUUUAAGAACGACGUUUGUGAGUGACCCUGAGGCUUACGGCGUCAUUUCCAGGUUGUUCCCAGGCUGGAUUCGACUUAUCCUCAUCCGCAGAGUAACAGGCAUUGCUGCUGCUGGACUGGAGGAAAAGAACGCACCAGAAAGAUUUGAACGGGCAUUUGCAAGCCUUCCUCGCAAGAAGUCAAGUCUACCGCUUCUACCAUAUCUGACUAUGUCGUCCGAAGUUCCGGCUCAGCGGCAGAAGUCUGACAAGGACCUAUCCUACCAUUUGAUCUACUGGCCCGGAUUUCCUGGACGAGGCGAACAUGUGCGCUUAGUUCUCGAAAAAGCUGGUGCCGACUACACCGACACAGCUGCCACAGAGGGCGGUAUUGACGAAGUCCUUGCCUAUGUUCAAGGAGAGACUCCGGAUGACGGCGUCAACCCUCCUAUUCUAGCCCCUCCAAUCCUCAGGCAAGGAGAGCUUGUCAUCAGCCAAACGCCCAACAUCGUUCUUUACCUCGGCAACCGCCUUGGCCUCUUGCCUAACCCUGAGGAGGACCCAGACGGUCUUUACAGAGUGAACGAGUUGGUGCUGACUGCACUGGAUGGACUGAGUAACGAGGUGCAUGACUGCCACCACCCGAUUGCUGUGAGCCUCUACUACGAGGAUCAGAAGCUUGAAAGUAAAAGGCGCGCCGAAGAUUAUGUAAAAAGCCGUAUGCCCAAGUUUUUCACAUACUUUGAGCGGGUUCUCAGUUCUAAAGCAAGCGGCGACGGGCCAUGGCUCUACGGGGGCAAGUUGACAGUCGCAGAUCUGAUCCUUUUCCAAUGUGUAGAUGGUGUCAAAUACAUGUUCCCGAAGGCAACGGGCAAGCUCAAACGCGAAGGCAAACACUCAAAAGUGUUUGCGCUUCACAAGGCUGUGGCUGAAUGCACCGGCAUCAAGGAAUACUUACAGAGUCCUCGAAGGCAGAAGUAUACCAAUGGCCUCUAUCGGUACUAUGAAGAGCUUGACAUUGAGUAA